AUGGAAGACUUAAGAACAUAUCCUGAUAAUUCUAUUUCAAAUGUCUCAUUAGAAGAUAAUGUAACAGAAUCAAGUAGCGGCACAUAUAUUACCAAAGAGCAUUGGGCAGAAGUAUUGCAUGAAAAUAAGGUUGUUCGUCAGUGCAAGAAUUGUAACAAGAAACGAUAUUCGGUUAAUACCAGUAAAUCACAUUUAAAAAAACAUACAAUUUCAUGUACAACACAGGAUACCAAGUUUAGUUUUAUUAAACCCGUCACAAAGGAGGAUGUGGACAACUCAAUAAUUGAUUUAGUUGUUAGUACUGGAAUUUCUUUUAACGUUCUUAAUGGUUUAUUAUUUCAUAGAAUGGUAAACAAGCUUCAUUAUGUGACAGAUACAUAUAAAGUUCCUCAUCCAACAACAAUAUCACGUCAUCUUUCAGGAAGAAUUUAUGAAAUAAGACGUGAAUUUAUUAAAGUCGUUACAGGAUCAUGGAUAAGUGACAAUUGGAGAAUCGUUAAUAUUAUAUUAAAUUUUCAAAAAUCUGGACAAACGGCAAAAGAUAUUAAAUCAGUAAUAGUCAAUACAUUAAAUAAUUAUAAUAUUAGAGAUAAGAUAUUUUCACUUACGAUGGAUAACACUACAACAAAUAAAGCAAUUGCUCGAAUGCUUCAGGAUGAAUUGCCUAAUAUAAAUCUUAUAUAUAUUGGAUGUAUGUGCCAUAUUCCUAAUCUUAUUGUGAAGGUAGGAUUAGCAGAAAUUGAUAGACUUCGACAAAAAGUACAUAAAAUUAUGAAAUAUUUAGCAAAUCCUCUAGCUAAUAGAUGUUUAGAAUUGUUGGAAUCAUAUUGUAAAGUUGUUGGAGUGAAUUUUCUACGGCCAGUUCUUGAGAUAGAUAUUCGUUGGAAUUCGACUUUAGCCAUGUUUGAAAGAUAUAUUAUAUUACACCCCGUAAUUAAAGAAAUGUACUCAAAAGAACCAUCAAUGCCAUCCUGUUUAGAAACAGAAGAAUUAUUAGAGCUGGAAUCAUUUUGUCGAAUUCUCAAACCGUUUGAAGUUGCAACUACAAUUCUCUCUAAAGAUCAGUCGAAUUCAAUUUCAGAUGCUUUAACAAGUGAAAGUGAUGGUGCAGAAAGCAAUGGAAUAUCUGGUUGGAAAUCAUUGUCAAGACAAUUUCCAAUUCUUAGUCAAAUGGCCUGUGAUUUUCUUAGUAUUCAACCUUCUAGUGUUGCUAGUGAGAGGGCCUUUUCUCAAGCUGGCUUUACGGUUACUAAUGAAAGAGCUAAUCUUAAUGAAAAAACA